UAAAACAAUAUGAAAAUAUUAUUAUUAUUAUUAGGGUCACUUUGUUUGUCGGUAAAUGGACUGCCAUUUUCCGAUGAACCUAGUAAAACAUGGGUAGUAUUAUGUGCCGGAUGGAAAGGUUACCAUCUUGGUGGCUAUAGUAUACAGGCAAACGUGUACCAUGCUUACCAGGUAAUCCAUGCUCAGGGUAUCCCGGAUGAGAACAUAAUAGUCAUGCACUACGACGACCUGGCUUACAAUGAAUUAAACCCUACACCCGGUAUUGUUGUACACAAAGUGAACGGCACUGAUGUCUAUAAGGGGAUGAAGUCACGCAACUUUUUAGGUGUACUUAAAGGGGACCCGGAAUUAGUCAAAAAGGGUAAACGUUUGGUGAAUAGUGGACCCAAUGAUAAUGUGUUUGUAUAUUUUGUUGACCAUGGUUCUCCUAAUGUCGUGUCGUUCCCAGUGGGAUACAUUUACGGGGAGGACCUGGUGUUUGCACUUAAGGAUAUGCAACAAAACAAUAGAUUUUCAAAACUAGUGUUUUAUUUGGAGGCGUGCGAGUCGGGGUCAAUGUUCAGAAUACUCCCAAAUGAUUUAAAUAUUUACGCCGUUAGCUCAUCAAAUGCUACUGAACUGAGCUGGGAGUGUAACUGGGACGAGUCCCGUAAAGUGUACCUGGGUGGUUAUUUUGCCAAUAGCUGGUUGGAUGACUGCGAGCACCGGGAUCUGCAACAGGAGUCCCUUCAGGAACAGUUUGAUCACAUGAAAAAACAACUGGAUAUCCCGGGUUCCGACCCCAAAAGGGAACCUUACCCACAGCACCCGGUGCAAUAUGGGGACCUGUCAAUUAGCAAGGGUAGUUGAUCAUAAGACCUAAUGAUCAAAAGACCUAAAAUUGAUCAAAAGACCUAAUUUUGAUCAAAAUAAUGAAUUUUGGACAAAAGAUGACUAUAUAAG